GAGCACGAAACGCUUCCUUUUUUCUUGCCUUAGUAAAAAAUGCGUAGACCGAUAUUAAUCUGUUUUUUAUAUACAUGGCCGAGCAAAAUGGAUGGUAGCUUAUCGAGUGAGUGCUCUUUACUUUUUACGUUGUUGCUAUCCAAAAGAACGAGUUUCAUAAUUCUCAUCAACAAUUCAAAUUUGAGUUUUAAAGUUUAGCUCGAGCCCAUCACGCGCGAAUCUCUGGACUUUUAUCAGAGAUUCUUUAUAGAAAGUGUGAGCAUAGUCUGUGAAUAGUCUUUUACUACGAUACAUGUGCGGACGCACUAGUGGAAGCCGAGUAAGGUGUAGCAGCUGUUCAGGCCAAUCUAACCGAGCAAAGGGAAGAUAACGGCUUUGACGCUCGGAAUAUGGAAGCGACUUUGUCGGAAGUUUUUCGCCUUCUUAGCUCAAGCUUUCGCUCGAUGGUUGUUCUGCUGUUUAGUUGGGAAGCGCACGAGAAUCAUUGGUAAAGGCUUUGUGGGUCGGUCCAUUUUUGGCGAAGCAAAAUAUCUCUCGGGGGAGGACGACUGGAUCGCGACGGCUACGCUUCUUGAUUCAGCUGCAUGUCGACUUGGUUCGACCAGAGUCAAAAUCUUGGACGCCUCAGGUACAGCUUUAGAAAUAGUAACAACGAACAAACACCUUUGCCCCAUGUUUUGCCAGUCUCGGACCUGCGCUGUAUAGAAUAGACCUGAAGGCCUUUGAUGUGGAUCUCUUAAUGGUCUUCGCUGGUGAAGUGGAGGGUGACCAACUUUUCCAUCUCAACGGAAGCCGUAUGUAUUCUUGCUUUACAAAAUAGAUGAAUGGCGAAAUCCUGGCAACUACAGAACCAUAUCACUCAAUGUAAGUUGAUGUAAACAUUUUUGCCAAAGACGCCAGCAUUUUGUCUUGCGUGCCAUAAUCAAUUUAGAUCGAAAAAGCCUCGCUAGGAAAGAUCUUUUUCUCAGAACGUGAGCUAUCUGCAAGACACCCAGAUCUUCCUUCGAAAACAAAUUUGCGCUCUUUCUCGACAAUUAUACAAUCAAGGUCCUGGGGUACCAAAUUCGAGUGCUGGAGCGCGUUGGUCGUGGCCCUGUGACUAAAUUUGUCUUCUUUAUUCCAAUCCAGAGAAGUCCUGGUAUUAAAAAAUUCGCUUGGAUAUGGGUUGAUCACUUUGCAUGGCGUAAAGCAAGUGGAUUCUCUCUCUCCGUUGGGUAUUGUCAAUUCUUCUGGAGUUACAUAUUUUGAAAUCUUGAUAGGCUUCUGAGUAACGGAUGCAUCGGUGUGUGUGACAACUUGCUCAAUGGGUCCUCUCUCACACAAGUAGAAACCAUGAUUCUAUCAUUUCUCUCUAACACUCCACGUAGCAACUCUCUGCCAUGCAUGUAGGUGAGCUACUGCGUGAAGUGAUACUUGAACUGCGCUGGGACGAUCAUCGUUGGGGUUCCUCUUCACACCACUUGACGUGAUAGGCUGCGUCACAAUUCUCGACCAGUAAAGCUGAAGGUUGCUGCACACAGAUCCUGGUGGCUUUUCAUAUGUAAAUUUGGUCAGCACUUUGCUGGCUGCCAGGGCCUGCACGGACCUCAAGAUGCUGUCACCUCCAUUACAGUGCUAGUGAAGUCGUUGAGCUCAGAACGCGACCGAUCCCGUAGAGAUCUUUUCGGCACUGCUAGUAGGAAAUAUGGCACAAGCUCUGUGUUGUGACGCCGUCCAGCAUCUAUAAAAUCGAACUAGCAACGACAACCUGUCAAAGCAGCAUAUCGUAAGCGAAAUUUCGUUGGAAUACAUGAAGAGGAUGGGUGGAAUGCCACACAAAAGCGUGGAGUAGCGACGACUUAAAAUGAAUUUGAUCCUCCUGAUAUGUGAGUUCAUGUUGUACUCCAGACGCGAGCAGGAAAAGUGGUUGACGACGUCACCAGGCACAACAUGCGCCAACUCAUAGAAUGUAUCUUAUCUUGUAAAGGGAGGAUGGACAUAAAAAACUCUACAAACUAUAAUGACAGUUCUGAUGGUUCUCCUUCAAGCUGCUCUUCCUGUCUACUCAAAUCUCCAUUUUUGUCUCAGCUGGAAGCUAUUUCUCACUUGAUCGCGCUUUCACUGUUUGGGAAUGUGCUAUGACGAGUUUAUCGAUUGUGCAUACAUAAAAACGAUCCGCAUUACUCCAUAGCACGAGUACAAGAUAGUUGCUGCAAAAAGCAUGGUGCACGUGUUCAUUUAUGCAGCAGCAUUAAUGCUGACGUGUAAACAAAAAAAAACAUUGCUUGACGGUCAAAUGCUGACCACUCGAGCCAGGAAAAAAUGAUGUUUAAGGGAUAUAUAUUACUUGUCGACUUUUCGCAAGCGCUGCAUAAAUGCAUGAUUGAGCUGCUGCGAUGCCGCUGGUCCUAUUUAACGGAGACUUUGACAUGAAUAGAUCUUUCCCGCUGCGAAGUAUCAAUUGCAAUGAAUUGUCAUUGCCUGAAUCAACAACAUCAAUUUCGCUAGAGUCCACAAUCUCCCUCCCUCAUAGAGUCCUGGCUGAAACUGCUAAAGUAUCGCCGCAGUAGCUAUAACUUUAUUCGGCUGAACGUGAGAACGACAAGGAUCCUCAAGCUCUCAAGGAGUGACUGAAGUGACAAUCGAAAGGUUAUUGCAGAUAUGGAUGGAUGUUCGCAAGCAAGCAGAUUUACCAAGAGAGCAAAACUUCUGUAGCAAAACCAGACUCUGGAAGCAACUGAUCAUUAGGUGAACGAGGCCGCUACGUUCCAUAUUGUCGCUGAGACUUGAGCUAGUUCCCUCGCUGUUAUUGUGUUAAAUGGCACGUAAUUUUCACUUGUGUUGCCGAUCAAAAGCGAACAGAAUGAUCAUUGAAAGAAAUUGAAACAAGAGAUUGUGAUUAAUUUAAACAUAUUUAUGCGCUGUUUUCAACGACUAAAUCGACUUGUUCUAAUCAGUCUUUGGCUUAAGCUGGGGAUGGUUCUCCUUCUUGACGUAAUAUGCCGAGUUCUUCGAAGGGUUGAGGGAAAACGACUCUUCGAGUCUCGGUUUGUCGAGCUGCAACUUCAAGCCGAAUUCUUUUUUUUUUUGCGAUAAUUCAUCACACUUUCAUACUUAGACGGCAAAUCAUCGGCACCGCGAACUCUAGGAAUCGUGAUAUCCUUGAAAUUGAGACCUUCGUUUAUCGACGGCGCAAACACAAUUCAGCUAAUACAUGCUUGUGAGAGGGUUUUGCUUUAAGCUGUCGUUGUACUAAAAGAUAAUCAAUGUUUUCUUCAGGAUAUUUCGUUGCCAUAAACUCGCGCAUCAACAAAAUAUUCUCGAGGUGGGUCUUUCCAGAACAAAUACAGUAAUAGAACACGGGAAUAAUUUUAGGGUUCGACAGAGGAUCGAUUUCCAA